AUGCUUCCAUUUUUCCUCAUAAAUAUUCUUCUACCCAUCACCGCAUCCCUUGGCAAUUUCCUCAUUCUGAUUGCCCUUCGUAAGGUAACUUCUCUCCAUCCGCCGACAAAACUGAUGUUCCAAUGCCUGGCGGUCUCCGAUCUUGGUGUUGGUCUUAUAUCCCAGCCACUCUUUUGCCUCAUAUUCAUGAAAUACUAUUUCUAUGACAAGAUAACUUUGGAUCUCCAUGUACUUUACAUCGCCAACUGGACUUCAUCCGUUGUUUUUUGUGGAGUGUCGAUAUUGACAUCAACCGCCUUAAGUGUGGACAGACUUCUUGCCCUUUUUCUGGGGCUAAGAUAUAGAAGAGUUGUAACACUAUGUCGAAUCCGUGCAAUUAUUUGCUUGUUUUGGUUCAUUGCUGUUUCGUGUGUUGUGAUAUUAUUUUGCAGUUACCACCUAUUCCUGACUACAAUUACCACUGUGAUAGUUCUUUCCUUAAUUAUUUCAGUGGUUUCCUACUCAAAGAUAUUCCUUAGACUAAGAAAACAUCAGCUUAGUGUACAAGGGAAUGCUCAUGAUCGACAACCGAACGGAGGAAGAAUUCCACUGAACAUAGCACUAUACAAAAAGACGGUCGUUAGUAUAGCUUUGGUACAGGUUGCCUUGUUUGUAUGUUAUGUUCCGUUUAUAAUUUCUCUUAUAACCAUACGACCAAGUGAUCAUGACAAUAGUCUUAGCAAUACACAGAUCAUCGUUCGAGAGGCUGCCACCACUAUUUUUUACUUAAACUCGUCUCUAAACCCAUUUUUGUACUUUUGGAGGAUGAAAGAAGUAAGACAAGUAGUGAAGGCGAUAAUCAAACGGGUUUUCUCGUGCCUUAGUUAAGUUUCAAUGCAGAGAACAUCCCGACUGGGAAUUUCGUAAACUUCUCCAAACACUUAGGAUUUGAUAUAUUUUAGAACCUCUUACUGUAACAGUUUACAGUGUAUUCGCAAGUAUGCUUGUAAAGAGAUAAAUUUUGAUGCAUGUGAUUAGGCGAAUCCUUUUUUACAUAUUUGUGUCAUUAGAAUUAGGCUUAUCAUAAUCUGAUAAAGUUAAAAAAAAGAAAUUUCUGAAUAUUGAAAGGGGAUAACAAUUUCAGUUACUUCUGAAAAUUUGAGCCUCGAUAUCAUACCAAAUAGUUUCGGGGAAUUUCUCUCUCAAAACCCCCCAAAUUUAAUAAGAAUGUAUGAGCUCAUUAACGUUUUGCCACCCAGUAUUUCUGCAGUUUUUAAUAGGCCAUUUUCAUGAUGACGAUGUUUGACUACAACUAACAGAAUUCAUUUCGUCUUUACUUUCUUAUUUAAAUUUGUCAAUUCCACUGAGGUUUAAAGAACAAUAGCCUUAAUUUGCAAAAGAAAACAGCAAACUGAAGGAUUCUGGUAGUUGUAGUAAAAUGAUGUCAUCAUGUAAUUGUCCUAUUGCUGCUAUUGUCUUUGUUACUGAUAGUAAAGAGCUGAAACAUGCACAAACUGCAUAAAUUAACCAGCUAUUUUUUUGUUUUUGCACCAAAUUGGUGUACAUACGGCAACAGCUCCUAUGGGAUAUCUCGUAUGCUAAUCAGCACAAAUGAAAACAGUGACGUCACGAUGAAUCAACAACUACACAUAAAUAUAAAAGAAAAGUCAGAAUGAUUUUGAGAGGGUUAGUGCAAAGUUUUGGUCCAACAAUUAAAAUUUUUCCAUGUUUCUCUUGUAGGAAAAGUAGGCAAGAAAAAAAUGUUUGGCGAUAUUCUAGAUAGUAAUAAAGCCUUUCUAGACUAUUAAAACGCGGAGUUAAAAAAGUCCAAAAAUUGGCAUUUUUCCAAAGGGGUUUGUGUCUGUUUGUCCUGUCCUACUUUGGCUAAAAAAAUAUGGAUAGUUGGCCAAUUUUUGUCGAAAACCAUGCACUACCUACUUUGGAAAAGUCAGAAUUUUUCGAUGUUUUUUUUUUAUUAUUUCUUGAUUUUACGAUCUAGAAAGGCGUAUUUUUCUAUUUAGAAUAUAGUAAAAACAAAAUUUUCCUGGCCUGUUUUGCCUAAAAUUAAAACAUGAAUUGGACGACACGAAGUUCAGUCACCAAUUAAUCAUAACGUUAACAAAUUACUUAGGCAUGACGCGUACUGUCCUAUUAAGCUGUUCUCAUAAGGCUGAAAUCAGGACAGUUGAUAGCCAAUCAGAUUUGAGAAUUUUGUUAUAGUUAUGAUUAUAGUAAUUAUUGUUAUUAUUAAUAAAUAAAAAAUAAGAUGCUCGCAAUAGUGCUUGUGAAAUUGCUCUUUUCACGCAAUGGUCUUAGCCGCUCUUCUUUUGAAUAUGGGGAAUCUGGCGGAUUCUUUGAGAUAAAAGAUACGGAAUUGCGUAGGAAAGGGUGGGAUGAGGAGUAAAAAUGAAGGGAAAUCAUUUGAAAGAGACGCCAUAUAGAGGAAGAAGGGCAUCAAAGCUGAGAUGCCAUAAUAAUAAACGCUCCCCCCUUGCCCCCUCCCUGUGUUGGCUAUAUAGAAAGCAUAAUUUAUUCAUUGUAAAUCACAAUUUCUCACUCUCCCUUCCAAGACCGCUGCAAAUAGAAAUCUAAUGAGCGUCUUUAGCAAGUUUUAUAAGAUAGCGAACGACUGCGAUGCUCGCCCCUACUCAGUUCAUAUUAAGCCAUCAUGAUAAAAAUCUUUUUUACGCACGGUCGUGCGUAUGGUGAUUAGUUGUGAUUAAGUUUUCAGAUUAAGAUGACAUUUCCUGCGAUAUCUGUCACUUACUUUUGACUUAGUCGCCCGCUAAUUGUAGAAAUUGGUGAAGAACUUUCUAGUGGCGUUGGAUAUAUAAUUCACCAUAAAAGCAUGUGAUUAAAUUUUGCGCGCACAAAAAAGAGAAUAAAAAGACGACAGGAAAAUCUAUUUUGCCUCAAACUGAGAGGUUUGAUGUCUACCGCCAGCCAGCUAGUCUCGAAUAUUGACCCAGGAGGAGACAAUAACAUGUAUACGUAUAGCCCCCUGGAAAGGAACAUCGAAAAUCACUCCAAGGCUUUCAUGUUUAACUUUUCCUCAAAAAAGUCUGUCGUUCUUAAAUGUAUUACAGCUGGUAUAUACAUGCCCUGGGACAUAUCAAAACUUAGUAAAGAUCACUCCUAUUAUUAUGAUGCUGUACGAUAAUCAUACUAGUAGGGAUUAUAUCAAAUGAAUCACAUUUGUUUAAAAAGAAAAAAUGGUAUUUUCUCAACUGAGUCAACCAGAUUAAAACCUAACAAGGAAAGAAUCAACAAAUGACAGAUAAGCGCCAUCACUUCACCAGUCAGCGUAGCAGUCUAUGUUUUUUACUUUUACUUAUCAAACAAAAUUGUCAUGUUUAACUGUCCUUACCGACAAGGAAGACACUAAACUUUUAAUAAAACCGUAAGCUUUCUUUGUAAGACUGAGAAAUUUUCAUUGUUAGCAAGCUUUUAAUUUAUCAAGACUCCCUGAUGUACAUUUUCAGAAUAAUUUGCAGUAAUAACUUAUCUUUUAGCUUGUAUAUUGAUCCGAAAAUGAACUUUAAUCCAAGACCGUUUGUUAAUUGACAUCAGGUGACGGAAAAUUACGGGCUCGGACGUCGGACGUGAUGAAGUGAUGUCAGAAACAAUCUCGGAAUAUUUUGAAUUCUGACAUUAUAUAAAGAUCACUUUCAAUAAAAAAAGAUCGUUAUCAUUUAGUGUUCGUGACUCUCCACUAAUUGUUCUUUAUUAACUAAGGGCUGAAUUUUUUGUAAUACGUCAUCGUAAAGUGCAUUGAUCUACAAUUACAUCUAUUCAGUGGAUAAAGGUUUUCAUUGGUGAUGUGAUGCAAGGCCAUUUUUUUAGCACUGGAAUAAGAAAAGUUACAGAGGAGACCUUCUUAGCCUGUGCUUUGUUGACCGGCCGUUGUACCAAAUAAAUGGGGAAUUUAACUGAAGACGGCAGCUUCUCGCUUUCAGCGUCAUGGAUGCUUCCAUUUUUCCUCAUAAAUAUUCUUCUAUCCAUCACGGCAUCUCUGGGCAAUUUUCUUAUUUUGAUUGCCCUUCGCAAGGUAUCCGCAACUUCUCUUCAUCCGCCGACAAAACUGUUGUUCCAAUGCCUGGCGGUCUCCGAUCUUGGUGUUGGUCUCAUUUCCCAGCCACUUUUUAGCCUCUUAUUCCUGAAAUGCUACUUCUAUGAAAAGAUGACUUGGAAUGUACCUUAUAUCGCCAACUGGUCUUCAUCCAUUAUUUUUUGUGGAGUGUCGAUGUCGACGUCAACCGCGUUAAGUGUGGACAGACUUCUUGCCCUGUUUCUGGGGCUAAGAUAUAGAAGAGCUGUAACACUAUAUCGAAUCCGUGCAAUUAUUUGCUUGUUUUGGUUCAUUGCUGUUUCGUGUACUAUUAUGAUGUUUUAUGGCAGUUACCACCUAUUCCUGACUACAAUUACCACUGUGAUAGUUCUUUCCUUAAUAAUUUCAGUGGUUUCCUACUCAAAGAUAUUCCUUAGACUAAGAAAACAUCAGCUUAGUGUACAAGGGAAUGCUCAUGAUCGACAACCGAACGGAGGAAGAAUUCCACUUAACAUAGCACUAUACAAAAAGACAGUCGUUAGUCUAGCGAUGAUACAAGUUGCCUUGUUUGUAUGCUAUGUACCUUCAAUAAUUUCUCUUAUAACCAUACGACCAAGUGAUCAUGACAAUAGCCAUAGCACUACACUGAUCAUCAUUCGAGAAGCUGCCACCACUAUUUUUUACUUAAACUCGUCUCUAAACCCAUUUUUGUACUUUUGGAGGAUGAAAGAACUAAGACAAGUAGUGAAGGCAAUAAUCAAACGGGUUUUCUCGUGCCUUAGUUAA